UUCGCUACCGGAGUGGGGGAGAAAUGACUUACUUUAUAUUUUGAAAACAUCUCGGAAUUACUCUUUCCAAUAUGGAUAACUUACGGAAUUGUAUUAUAUUUAUUGUUUUGUGUGUAUGGACUUCAUACGCAAAAGAAGUUAAAUUAUAUGAUAGUAAUGACUUUCCUGGUUUAUAUUGGACAGUAUAUCCACCACAAGAUCCAGAUUCACAAACAUAUGUAGGGUGGACAGAGUCUGGAGCAAGCUAUGAAAGGAUUUAUCAGACUUGUCAUGUAAGUGAUCCUAGAGACAACUGGCUUCGUAUGCCUUAUAUUGAAAGAAGAGGAGCAAAUAGAAUUCAUGUAGAAGUUAAAUUCACAAUGUACUCAUGUACUGGCAUCGUAGAUGCCCAACUAUGUAAAGAAACAUUUGAUGUGUAUUUUUAUCAGUCGGACACCGACGAUGCAACAGAAACGUCGCCAGACUGGAGCUCUCCACCUUACCAGAAGGUAGCAAGGAUAGCGGCCGAGGGCCGGUUCUCCGAUCCCGACACGCAGGACGAGGAGGUCGUCAACGUGCGGAUUGAGGACUACGGGCCCGUGACGGCCAAUGGUUUCUACAUAGCAUUCCGCGACCAAGGGGCGUGCAUGGCCCUGCUGCAGGUGCGUGUCUUCUACCAAGUUUGUCCUCAGGUGAUUUUGGACUUUGCGAUUUUUAAUCAGACCAAUGAGGGUCCAGAGACGCACACUCUUGUUACGGUCCCAGGGACGUGUAUAAGGAACGCUCAGCCAGUACCACCGGGUAGUACGCCUCAGUAUAUAUGUCAAAAUGAAGGGAUAUGGUCACUCAACCAAGGAGGAUGCGGAUGCUCACCAGGGUAUGAAGCAGGUGCAGAUGAUAUCAGUUGUCAAGGUCAGUACCUUCCUUUUUGAAUCCUCAAUAAUAAAUGACCAGUGGUACCAGAAUGUUUUCAUCAGUCAAACAUUUAGAGGGUCAAACAUCUAUAGAUGUUAAAUGGUAUAUGCAAGGCUCGACAUUAGCGGUGGCCCGGGGCCACCAGAAAUUCACCUCGGGCAACCAUUAUUGAAAAAAUGUUAAGAAUUGGUGGCCCGAAUCGGGCAACCAAUAACAUUUACAGGGUCGAACAUCUAGAGAUGUUAAAUGGUAUAUGGUAUGUACUAUAUACAAGAGCAAAAUUAUUAUUAUGUCUGAUUAAAACAUUCCAGCACCUCUGGUUAUCAACCCACCCUCCUGCGAACUGUGAUCAAUGGAACUGGAACCACUAGCUUAGUUAGGAUAAAUGAAUAUAAGCCAGAGUUAUGUUUGGGUGUAUCUUUAUUGGUUUUUAAUCAAGUAUGAAUUUAUCAUUGUCCAUUUGAGAUUAACAUUAAUAAUUAUCAGAAAUGGAUGGUUUUGGUGAGCCUCCCACAUUUGGUUUUAAUAAUUGAUCCAGAAUCAAUGUUCUAUUUUUCCGAUAGCCUAUAGUAAAGCAUGGACAUCUUAUCACGAUAGAGAGAUGCAUGCUUGCCCAUGAUGACAGAGAUUGGGCAUGCAAGCUGAACUGCACUGUUACCAUGGAAAUGCUCAAAUCAGAAGAAUAAUUUAUUGAUUUUUGGUGAACGUUUACUACCAUCGAUGCCAUCAAAGAGCAAAGAUUCAUUUAAUUUUAUUCCCACCUCAGUUAAUCCCAAUCUAAGAACAAAACAUUGAUUAUGAGCUCCAAUAAUUUCAGACAAAGACAUCCAUCAAACACUGCUUUUCAGCAAUUUUUAUGGCAAAUUAUGAAUUUCUGUCUUUAAGGCCAGCCAAGUGUAAAUAAAAUUGACAGGAAACUAUCUAAAUUAAUGGGAGCACAUGUGCCUUGUCUGAUGUCAUUAGAUGCCUUGCUACACACAUCAUUCCCCAGCAAUUACCUGUCAUUUGACGGUGUCGCAAAUCAAAAUUCAUUUGUCCUCUAUGAUUUUAACCUUGGUGAUUUUUCCCCAACCCCUCCUGCUGAUUUCACUCACUUUGGAUAGCAAGCAUUUGAGGAGAAGUAAUAUAGCGAUGUCCAUUUUCAUACAGUUGACUCUCUAAUUGCGUUGCGUUGAUUCACGCACGUUAGCGACCAACAAAGCAUUGACUUACUUAUUGUAGAGGGCCAUGGAAACCCAACAUUAGAACUAUAAAUGUAUGAUGAUGCUUUGAUGCAUUCUACUCUGGUAUACAUGUAAGAAUGAGUUCUGAUGUAUGAAGAUGCAAAAAAAACGUGUGAGUUGAGAAUUUUAUAUUUACAGAAGUUUCUAAAAAUAUAUUAAUGUAGGCAGUUUGUUGAAUUUGAUUAUUUUAAGCAAGGAAUAGAUGCUGACAAACACAUUUCAUUUUUAAUUUGAAUUAACCAGCAGGCUAGUGCAAGGUUUGGUUGGAAUUAUGUAGAUUGUUGUUAUUCUAUUAAACCUGUAGAUAUUCUUUCUUCAUAAUAUCAAAGAUAUCAAGGGAAAUGAUUGAGAAGAGGUAAUCAAAAAGAAAUAUGUUUAUAAUUUAGAGCUUUUGAAAACCAGAAGAUAAGAAGAUUGAAGGUUUUUAAAGAAAAAUGCAUGCAAAGCUUUAAUUCUUUUGGAAAGAUUGGCUUGCAAUAGUAAACCAAUGCUUUAUCAUGAUGAUUACUUCUAGAGAGUUAAAUUAAAUCCAUGUUAGCAUCAUUCCGUUCUUCCAUCCACCAUUGCUGAAUUAUUUAUGUUGAUAUUGUCAAAAAGACAACAAAAUUAUUAAAAUUAGAGGAAAGAGUAUCCCUGCCAGCGUAACGUGACUGUUUUUUUAUAUUGGUUUUGUAAUUCACCAUUCAGAUUAUGUAGGAAAAUAUUCUUUCAUUAUGAUGGAUAGGGCCUGAUGUCGGCUGUUGAUCGAAAACCAUAUGCUUGCGCUUCCUCUUGCCACUCCAGUGUCGGCAAAUGUCUUCUGCAUUUUGUUCGUUGGGG